AUGCGCUUAGGAGCUUUGAACUACAAUCAUAAUGAAGCCAUUACUAACGUGGCCCAAAAUGGCUCAAUCAAUGCAGCUCUGUCUGCUGAAGUCAUUCUUUCUCGAGCUCUCCCGGGAAGAAGAAAACAAGAUCAGAGCUUGGUGGGUCCAUUAAUGGGGUCUUGUUUCAGUGUUCGAAUCAAAGCCGAGAGUCCUAUUCACGCUGGGCUUAACUCAAAACAUGUCAGCAGAGAUGGACAAGAUACGAGUAGCAGGAUUUCAUCUCCCUCUAUGCCACUGACCCCUCGGGGAGAGGGUGAAAUAUUGGAAUCGUCAAAUUUGAAGAGCUUUGGCUUUAAUGAACUCAAAGUAGCCACCAGGAACUUCCGUCCAGAUAGUGUGCUGGGAGAAGGUGGUUUUGGCUGUGUCUUUAAGGGUUGGAUUGACGAGCAUACAUUUAAAGCUGCAAGGCCUGGUAUUGGCAUGGUUAUUGCAGUGAAGAGACUAAAGCAAGAAGCUCUCCAAGGUCACAAGGAAUGGUUGACAGAAAUUAAUUAUCUGGGGCAGUUAUAUCAUCCUAAUCUUGUGAAAUUGAUUGGGUACUGCCUAGAGGAUGAACACCGAAUGCUGGUAUAUGAAUUCAUGCCCAAGGGCAGCCUGGAAAAUCAUCUAUUCAGAAGGAGUUCUUACUUCCAACCACUCUCUUGGAGUCUCCGUAUGAAGGUUGCUCUUGGGGCUGCAAAGGGUCUUGCAUAUCUUCACAGUCCGGAAGCAAAAGUGAUAUAUCGUGAUUUCAAAUCAUCCAAUAUUCUGCUUGAUUCUAAUUACAAUGCAAAGCUUUCUGAUUUUGGGUUGGCCAAGGAUGGACCAACAGAUGGUAAAAGCCAUGUAUCAACAAGGGUUAUGGGUACAUAUGGCUAUGCAGCUCCUGAGUAUAUGGCCACAGGUCAUCUAACUGCCAAAAGCGACAUAUACAGUUUUGGUGUGGUUCUUCUUGAAAUGCUGUCUGGCCGACGAGUAAUUGACAAGAACCGUCCACCUGGGGAAGAAAAGCUUAUCGAAUGGGCCAAGCGUUACUUGACUAGUAAACGCAAAAUUCUUUACGUUAUGGAUGCCCGUAUUGAAGGCCAAUAUUCAUUGGCUGGAGCACUCAAAGCAGCUACCCUUGCAGUCAAAUGUCUUUCAAUAGAACCCAAAUACAGGCCAAACAUGGAUGAGGUUGUAAAAACAUUGGAGCAGCUUCAGGACUCGAAAGACACGGGGAGUACUAAAAGUGAGGUACUCCGGAUGAAUCAAAGGAUACGCGCUGAUGAGUCUUCCAACGACAAGGCUGCUUCCUAUCCACGGCCAUCUGCUUCAACCAUUUAACCUUGAAGGAGCAUAAGGAUUUUGAUACGAUUACAAUUUGUGUGUACUAUUUCAAAAUAGAGGAAGAGGGUCUUAGGAAUUUCAGAAGCUGGAGUUGUAUUAAACCAUUGUUUUGUCACUUAACUGAUAGUGUACAGUCUUGUCAUGCACUUUUGUUGAUUAUAUAACAUUAAGAUUUCCUUUGAGGCAUCAAUAGACUUGAUUGUAUAUGCAGUAUGAUCAUAUGAGAAGAAAGGGAGAUUUGAAUCAAGG